AUGCUUCCUUUAUAUUUAUUGACAUCAGCAAAGGGCCAACCAAUAUUAGUUGAAUUAAAGAAUGGUGAAACAUUGAACGGUAAACUUGUCAUUUGUGAUUCUUGGAUGAAUCUCACUUUGACCGAUGUCAUCCAAUCUCUGGCCAACGCCGAAGAAUUUAUUAAAUUGCCAGAGGUUUAUGUCAGAGGUAACCAUAUCAAGUACUUGAGAUUGCCAAAUGAAGUCAUGGAUAAUGCUAGAUUACAAGUUCUCGAAAAUCAAAGAAAUAACGUUAGAAGAAACAAUGAUGGUAGAGGUGGUAACAGAAGAAACGAUGGUAGAGGAGGACAAUACAACAACAGAAACAAUUAUGGUAACAACAGGGGAUAUAAUAACAGAAACAACUACAAUAAUAAUAACAAUAACAAUAACUACCAUCGCGGAAACUACAGAAACUACAAUAAUCAAAAUCAAAAUCCACAGCACCAGCAACAAUUUCAAAAUCAUGGCCCGGUGCCACCACAACCACAACCACAACCACAACAACAACAGCAACAACAACAACAACAACAACAACAACAACAGCAACAACAGCAACAACAACAGCAACAGCAACAAGUUCAGGAAUAA